GUGACAAUCUGCACAUCAUCAGCAUGUUCGCCCUGCCUGCGUUGUUCCUGCUCUCUGGUAUCCUCCGCGGUGCCUCGGCUGUGGAGUCCGUUCCCACCUUUGUGCUCCAAGACAAGUUCACCGGGGAAAAUCUCACUUGCUCCCAGUGUCAACCAGGCUUUCACAUGUCAGCGCCCUGCACCGCCACCACGCCCACCCAGUGCGCCCCGUGUGGAAGCAACCAGUUCACCGACCUGUGGAACUACCUGCCCAGGUGUCUGUACUGCAACAACUUCUGCACCUACCCCCGGGAAGUGGAAACUGAAUGCUCACCGAUCAACAACAGGGUCUGCCGGUGCAGUGAAGGCUUUUACUUGACCAAUGACUACUGUAGGGAACACACGGAGUGCGAGCCCGGACAAGGUGUUCAGGCGAAAGGUACGUCGGAGAUGGACACUGUCUGUGAAGUGUGUCCAGAGGGUUACUUCUCCAACUCAUCUUCUGCGCUGGAAACGUGCGUACAGCACCAGGAAUGCUCAACUGGACAGAUUACGCUCCUCCCCGGGUCCGUUUACCAAGACUCAGUGUGUGGCACCUGCGAGGAACUUGCAGAGGGAGAUAAGACACUCAGGAUGUUCCUCUCAGGAUUCUUCAGUAUGCACAGGAUGCGUGUUGCAAAGCUGAAGAAAUUUGUCACCAGGUACAUUGGUAAGUCGGUCCGCAGACAAAGAGAUCUUCUCCUGCAGCAAAUCAAAGUGUGGCUGGCCCAUGCUCCAGAGGAGCAGCUGAGAAAACUGCCACAGAUGCUGAACGCUUCACAUUGCGGCUCCAUGGCAGAAAAACUGGAGAAGAGACUUCUGGAGAUUAAACAGCAGAAUCCAGGCUGUAGCUUAACUCUGUGAGGUACUCUAAAAGACUGACAGAGUCUGUGGUACAAGUAGCAGUAUAACAUACCUCUUUCCCUUGGUUUACAACGUGAUACAGCAGCAGGAGAUUUGUGUCCAUUUGAGAACAGUUAUUUAUGUUUUUCAUUUGCCUGUUUAUUGAGAGUUGAAGUUGGAUACUGCAGGAAGGCUGCAAUCAGCAAGGUGUUAAAAGAUACUUAUAAACUGACAACCUAUAUUUAGUGUCAUUUGUGUGACUCAAGACUCCAGUGUUGCUUGAUAGGAAGUACAUGGAAACGAUGUUUGAUGCAAAAACUGAGCUAUGAGUGAAAUUAAUGUUAUUGUAGAAUUGUACAAAUUUCUGUGAAAUUGUGUGAAACCAAACUGGAAAUUGUCCUCCUGCCAGACGCAGCAGCUAAAUAAAGAACAUAUUGUAAUCUAAAAUGUUUCUGACCAUCACAAGCAAGAAAACCAGACUGUAAAUUAAACAAAUUACCACAAGGUGUCGCCAUCGUCCCUCUUUAACUCUUUGGUCAUUGUAAACAAAGAUGUUCUAACAGGUUACAUACUUACAGUUUUUACAACCCGCUUCAUAGAAAGUGAACUGAAUUAUUGAAAUAGAUUAUAUCCAUUUAUAUAUUCACAUAUUUUCCUUCAUAUUCAAAAAAGUUUU